UUAUCAUAUAAUAAGCAAAAAAUUGCAAUAGAAAAGAAAAAGGAGGGUUUGUAAUGAUUUUUAAAUCUUUUCUACUAGGUAAUUUAUUAUCUUCAUGCAUAAAGAUAAUAAAUUCGGUCGUUUUGGUCGGACUCUAUUAUGGAUUUCUGACUACAUUCUCCAUAGGGCCCUCUUAUCUCUUCCUUCUUCGAGCUCGGGCUAUGGAAGGAGGAACCGAGGAGGAGGUAGCAGCAACAACUGGUUUUAUUAUGGGACAGCUCUUGAUGUUCAUAUCGAUCUAUUAUGCGCCUCUGCAUCUAGCAUUGGGUAGACCUCAUACAAUAACUGUCCUAGUUCUACCCUAUCUUUUGUUUCAUUUCUUCUGGAACAAUCACAAAAACUUUUUUUAUUAUGGGUCUACUACCGGAAAUUCAAUGCGUAAUCUCAGCAUUCAAUGUGUAUUCCUGAAUAAUCUAAUUUUUCAAUUAUUCAACCAUUUUAUUUUACCAAGUUCAACGUUAGCCAGAUUAGUCAACAUUUAUCUGUUUCGAUGCAACAACAAGAUGUUAUUUGUAACAAGUAGUUUUAUUGGUUGGUUAAUUGGUUAUAUUUUCUUCAUGAAAUGGGUUAGAUUGGUAUUAUUCUGGAUACGUCAAAAUGUUUCUAUUCGAUCUAAAUCGAAUAGGUAUAAGUACGAGUACCUUAUGGCAGAAUUGAGAAAUUCUAUGGGUCGAAUCAUUAGUAUUCUCUUAUUUAUCACCUGUGUCUACUAUUUAGGCAGAAUGCCGUCGCCUAUUGUUACUAAUAAAAUAAACGAAAUGGAAGAAAGGAGAGAAAGUGAGGAAGAAAGCGAUGUAGAAACUACUUUCGAAAGGAAGGAGACUAAACAGGAACAAGCGGGAUCCACCAAAAAAAACCCUUCCCUUUAUUGGGAAGAAAAGGAGGAUCCGGACAAAAUAGAUCAAACGGAAGAGAUCCGAGUGGAAAAAACGUAUCCUUUUGAAAAAUCUCUUGUAACUUUUCUUUUCAAUUAUAAGCGGUGGAAUCGUCCAUCACGGUAUAUACAAAAUAAUCGACUUGCACGUUCUAUACGAAAUGAAAUGUCACAAUAUUUUUUUUAUACAUGUUUAAGUGAUGGAAAACAAACAAUAUCUUUUACAUAUCCACCUAGUUUAUUGAUUUUUUCAAAAAUGAUAGAACGUAAAAUUUCUUUGUACACGACAGAAAAAUUUAUCCAUGAAGACCUAUAUAAUUAUUGGGUUUCUACCAAUGAGCAAAAAAAGUACAACUUGAGUAAUGAAUUAAUAAGUAGAAUAAAAAUUAUAGAAAAAGAAAAAGUAUCUCUUACUCUAGAUAUACUAGAAAAAAGGACCAGAUUAUGCAAUGAUGAGAAUAAACAAGAAUACUUGCCAAAAGCAUAUGAUCCUCUUUUGAAUGGCGCAUAUCGUGGAAAAAUAAACAAAUUCUAUUCACAUACAACCAUGAAUCAUUUAAUUACUUCGAAAGAAAAUUCCACGAAAAUAGUUUGGAUAAAUAAGCUUCAUGGGCUAUUUUCGAUUUCUAAUAAUUACCAAGAAUUUGAACAUGAAAAAAAUCCACUUAAUGAAAAAUCACCAUGGAAUUAUAUUAUUAAUUCGUUAACGUCAAUUGAUCAAUUAUCUUUUGAGUACAUACCCAAUUCUCAUUUGAAAAAAUCUUCUUUAUUGGAAGAAGAAAUAAAAAGAAAUUCAGAAAAUAAAGCAAAAUCUUUGAAAUCCGUAUUCGAUAUAAUUACAACCAAUGGAGAAGAAAUCAUUGAAGAAGGAGAAGAAAUCCUUAAAGAAAAAAUCAUUCAAAAAAUUCCUCAACGGUUAUACAAACUAACUGAAGAGUUAGAAGUACUAGCACAGGAUGAAGAUGAAGAAGAUGAACAUGAGCAACUAAUGAAACAAGAUCAGGAAAUUCGUACAAGAAAAGCCAGACGAGUGGUGAUUUAUACUGACUACAGCGUGAAUCCCGAGACUAACGAUGAUGAAAUAAACGAGUUGGCUUUGAUACGUUACUCACAACAACCUGAUUUUCGUCGAGGUCUAAUCAAAGGAUCCUUACGCGCUCAAAGACGUAAAACAGUUAUUUGGAACACAUUCCAAGCAUAUGUAAAUUCUCCGCUUUUUUUUGAUCGAGUAGAAAACAUAUUUUUUUUUUCUCUUUUAAACAAGAUCGAUCAAAAUAUUAAGUCUAUUUUUAGGAAUUUUGCGAAGAAAAAACCAAAAACGGAAUUAAAAAUUGACGAUUUUGAGAAAGAAAAGAUGAAGAAAACUCUGAAGGCUCUCGAUGAAAACGAGAAGAAGAGAGAAGAAGAAAAUGAACGAAUGGCAAUAGCAGAAAUUUGGGAUAGCGUUAUAUUUGCUCAAGCAAUAAGAAGUUUGAUACUCCUGAUCCACGCUUUUCUUAGAAAAAACAUUAUAUUGCCUUCAUUGAUAAUAGCUAAAAAUGUUGGACGUAUGUUAUUAUUCCAAUACCCCGAGUGGUAUGGGGAUUUUAAGGACUGGAAGAGUGAAAUGCAUGUUAAAUGUACGUAUAAUGGUAUUCCACUAUCAGAAACAGAAUUUCCUCAAGAUUGGUUAACAGAUGGUCUUCAGGUAAAAAUUCUAUUUCCUUUCCGUUUAAAACCUUGGCGAAGAUCUAAACUACGAUCUCAUCAUGGAGAUCCAAUGAAAAAAAAAGUAAAACAAGAAAAUUCUAGUUUUUUAACAGUUUGGGGAACGGAAACAGAACUUCCUUUUGGUCCUGCCCGAACCCUACCUUCUUUUUUUGAACCCAUAUAUAAAGAACUAAAAAAAAAUAUUCGAAAAGUGAAAAAGAAUUAUUUUCUACCUCUAAAAGUAAAAGUUUCAAAACCAUGGGUUAUCCAAAUUUUUCCAGUUCUAAAACGAAUAAUGAAUAAACUUGAAAAAGUAAACCCAAUUUAUUUAUUUGAAUUCAAGAAGGUGAAAGUAUAUGAACCAAAUGAAAAUGCAAAAGAUUCAAAAGAUAAUAAUAAGAUUAUUCCUGAAUCGACCAUGCAAAUUCAAUCUAUGAAUUGGACAAAUUUUUUAUUCAUAGAAAAUGAAAUGAAAGAUCUUGCUGAUAAGACAAUCAUAAUCAGGAAUCAAAUAGAAGAAAUCGCAAAAGAAAAGAAAAAAAAAGUUCCAGCCUAUGAUGAUAAAAGACCAGAAUUAAAGAAAGAUAUUUGGCGGAUAUUCAAAAGAAUAAAUACUCGAUUAAUAUGCAAAUCACAUUAUUUUAUGAAAUCUUUCAUUGAAAAAAUAUACAUGGAUAUCCUGCUAUGUAUGGUUAGCAUUUCGAAGGUCAAUGCACAACUUUCAACAAAAAAAAUUAUCAAUGAAUCCAUUUACAACGAUGAAAGAAAUCAAGAAGGAAUUGAUGAAACAGAUCAACAUACAAUGAACUUUAUUUCGACUAUAGAAAAUAUAGAAAAAGAAAAGGACUUUUCUAAUCCUAGUAAUAAUUCAAAUACUUAUUACGAUUUAUCUUCCUUGUCCCAAGCAUAUGUAUUUUACAAAAUAUCACAAACCCAAUUACUUAACAACCAUCACUUUAGAUCUGUACUUCAAUAUCGCGGUACCCAUCCUUUUAUUAAGGACAAGAUAAAGUAUUAUUCUAUAACCCGAGGAAUAUUUAACUCCAAAUCAAGGUAUAAGUAUAAGAAAAUAAAGAAGCCUGGAAUGAAUGAAUGGAAAAACUGGUUAAAGGGUAAUUAUGCAUACAAUUUAUCUCAGAGCAAAUGGUCUCGAUUAGUAUUAGUAGCGAAAAAAUGGCGAAAAAAAAUCAAUCAAAAUUGUACGAUUCACAAUAAAGAAUCAAUGAAAUUUUCUUCAUAUAAAAAAGAAAAAGACCGAUCAAUUCAUUACAAAAAAGAAAAUUUCUAUACAGUGUAUUUAUGGCCGAAUCAAAAAGAAAAAUUAAAAAAGCAAUAUGUAUAUGAUCUUUUAUCCCAUAAAUAUAUAUAUUAUGGGAAUAGUAAAGAUUCCUCUAUUUAUAAACCAAAAUUACAACUAAAAAGGAACCAAAAAAUUCCAUAUAAUUUCAACAUACAGAAACCCGAAUUGUUUUAUGAAAUUGAUAAUUCCAUAGAAAAAAAUUAUGUUUUUAAUAAGCAUAAAAAUCUGAAUAGGAAAUAUUUUGAUUGUAGAAUUCUAUAUUUUUACCCGAAAAACACUAUUGAUGUAAACGAUAUCGAUAUUAUCGACUUUACAAAUGUACAUAUCGGUGCCAAACUUGAAAAAAAUACUAAGACUAAAAAAAUAAAUAUUAAUAUAAAAAUAAAAAAAUUGAAAGAAAAAGAAACAAAUCUAUACAAAAAAAACAACUCCAAUGAAAAAAGUUUUUUUGAUUGGAUGGGAAUGAAUCGAAAAAGGGAAAGAGUUUUUUGUAAAAAAAAAAAAUCAAAUCUGAAACUUUGGUUCUUCCCGGAAUUCAGAUUUCCUUUUGAUACAUAUAAGGCAUAUAAGAUUAAACCGUGGAUCAUCCCAAUCAAAUUACUUCUUUCCAAUCAGAAUUUAGAUGAAAAAAAAAAAAUUAGUCAAAAUAAAAGUGUCAAAGAUUCUAUUUUAAUAAAAUUAAAAAACCAAGAAAAAAACGAAGAAAAGACAAAUCUUGUGUCAGAUCCAAGCAAACAAAACAAAAAAAAACCUCUUCAAAAGGAUUAUGCGAGAUCUGAAAGUAAAAAGAAAAAACGAUGCAAGAAAAGCAAGGAAUCAGAACUAGAUUUAUUCCUAAAUAAAUAUUUAAUUGUUCAAUUAAGAUGGAACAACUUGGUUAAUCAUAAAAUGACAAAAAAUAUCAAGGCAUAUUGUUUCUUACUUAGAUUGAUGGAUACAAGUUCUAUAGCUCUAGCCUUAAUUCGAAGAAAAGAGAUGGAUCUAGAUAUAAUCCUUAAUAAGGACAAUCUAACUCUUACAGACUUUUUAAAAAAAGGAAUAUUGAUUAUCGAAUCAACUCGUCUAGCUUUUAUAACGGAUGGAAAAUUAAUUAUGUAUCAAACCAUAAGUAUUUCAUUGAUCGAUGGCGAAAAGAGUAAUCACCAAAUAAAUAUAAAAUACAAAAAAAAAAAAUAUGUCAAUAAGAAGAAUUUUAAUAAAUCUACUGAACAACACGGAAAUAUGCUUGUGAAUGAGAAUCCAGAUUAUUAUGAUCUCCUUGUUCCUGAAAAUAUUCUAUCUCCUAGACGUCGUAGAGAAUUGAGAAUUCUAAUUUGUUUCAACUCUCCUAAUUGGGAUGUUGUGAAUAGAAAUCAAAUAUUUUACAAUGAAAAUAAUAUAAGAAACUCCACACAAUUUCUGAAUGAAGACAAAGGUUUUAAUCUUAAUAUAGAUUCAAAUAUAAAAUAUAAGUUGUUUCUUUGGCCCAAUUACCGAUUAGAAGAUUUAGCUUGUAUGAAUCGCUAUUGGUUUGAUACCAAUAAUGGUAGUAAUUUCAGUAUGUCAAGGAUACACAUGUAUACACGAUUUAGAAUUAUCUAAUUAUCUAAUAGUAUA